AUGGCGGACCCAAAGAUUGAUCACUGUUACGAAAAGUUACGCUUGGCUUUCUCACAGAUCACGGCAGAUAACAUUCGGUCCCGAUGGGGAGACUACAUCCCUUGGAACCUCAAACCAAUAAUAGAUGCAGCAGCCAAGCACGAAACGAGCAAGAAAGUGAUCAAGAAUCUCACAUGGCAAGAAGUGUGGGAGAAACUGCAAGAAGAGGACCCGGCGAUCAAGCUCUGGGAAACCGAGAAGAAGUCUGUCACUGGAACACCUCCGGAAGAACGGUGUAAUGUGGCAUAUGUCUCCAACAUUGACAUUGCUCUGGCACAAUUUCAUAACGUGGUUGUAGCACAAUAUCUUGUCCGUGAUAAGAAUGCUAUCACAAAUGGAGCCAUACAGUUCGAGUCCGAGACGGACAAGGAGUUGAUGCUUCGAGCCUUUAACAUGUUCGAGAAACGCUUUUUCACAGACCUUUCCGCUCUCGUCAUUGGUGGACAAACUCGAAUUCUGCGUUGCGUGGCCUCGGAGGAUGAAUGGAAGAAGGCAAAAUUUGUGUAUGAGAAAAGGUUGAGGGGCGAAGAAAAAGACGAAGGGAAGAUUGUGAAGAGCUGCAGAGUUGUUUGCCACCGUGUGAAAGGGAUAACCCGAAACGAUCCCCAGGAAGAAGCUCUGCGACUGGAGUUGAUCAGUGCGGCGACCGCGUUCGAGGAGGCUGAACUAACCAAGAAGGAAGCCAAGGAUCGACAUGAGAAAGCCAGAAUCAGAUUUCAAGACGCAACUUUAGCUUACGAGAAGAUGGAAGCAGACAAAGCUUUGGCAGACGCAAUUGCUGACCAGAUGGAUGUUUCAUAG